AUGCAUGGUAUGGAAUCUAUCGACCAGAACCUUAUGGCUAGCACACCCACAUCGUUCGACUGGCAAGGUCCCUCGCCCCACCUCAACCUCGAUACCACCAUACCGGCAACCUUCACAGCCGAUGACCUGGAUCUCGGCUCCUUCUCGGCUAGGAGUGGCAGCAUGCCCUCUAUCGCUAUAGAUGAAUGUGAGCCUUUCCCCAACUUCUCCACGCCGUCUUCACCAGUACCUUCAUUAUGGUUAGGUACCACGCGUGCCUCGUCACCCGAUUCCAUGCCACCCGGGUCCGCGCUGCCGCAGUUCGGUACGACAUACCCAUCGAUGAGUAAACCCAUGCCGUCGUCGAUCGAACCGCAUACCGCGCCUUCUUGGGAGUUUAUGGCUCAAGCAAGUAGCAGUCAGUUACAACCGGGUACUACCAGCAGUCGGGCCCACUCUCGCAAGACUUCGACCUCGUCCCAGUCUCAGGCUAGCAAUGAGCAAGCCAUGUCGCCGAUCCCGGAAGUUGAAGAUGACAUUCUUCCGUUGGCGCCAGCACCGCGAUUGCCUCGCCAAGGCAUAUUCGCAGCCCGCCAUACUGAAAGUCCUGGCCCAGCUUCGUCACGAUCAAGCUUCACCGAUCGCAGUCGCGCAAUUGUUACUACGCCAAUUCCUAGUCGCUUCGAAGCGGAGACUCUGACCACUGAAUUCGUACAACACAUCGAGUCCUUGGACUACCAAGCUUACUCCAUCUCUCCUGGUCUCUUUUCUCGGUUCUGCGAAUCUGUCUACCCAAACACUCAGCGACCUGCAGUUGAAAUCUCCGCAUCCAUGUCGAUGGCGCGCUUCCAUGUCUUCCUUGCCAUGGCCGUUGCGAUGAAGGUGAGAAUUAAGGAUUCGCCGGAGAACACGAAUGCUCUCCUCGAUACUUGCUACGAGCUUGCUAUGCAGCAAGCUUCAUCGUCCACAUUCUGGCAAGAGACAGGCGGGAUGGAAGCUGCUCAACUUUUGGCACUUUUUGCUUCGCUCCGCAAGCCCUCCACAGAGGAGCCACGUGGUCUUCAACACUCGUUUUCUUGGUGA